CCCUACCAGGUGAAGCCAUUGCUCCAAGUCACUCGCCAAGAAGAAGAAAUGCAGGCCAAGGAUGAAGAACUGCAGAGAACUAAGGAAAGACAACAAAAAGCAGAGAGUGAAUUGAAGGAGCUGGAACAGAAACACAGCCAGCUUUGUGAAGAGAAGAACCUCCUUCAAGAGCAGCUUCAGGCAGAAACUGAACUGUAUGCUGAAGCUGAAGAGAUGAGAGUCCGUUUAGCUGCUAAGAAACAAGAGCUAGAAGAGAUUCUGCAUGAAAUGGAAGCCAGAAUUGAGGAAGAGGAAGAACGCAGCCAACAGCUGCAAGCAGAAAAGAAAAAGAUGCAACAACAAAUGCUGGACCUUGAAGAACAGCUGGAAGAAGAAGAAGCUGCAAGGCAAAAACUGCAACUUGAAAAAGUAACAGCAGAUGGAAAGAUAAAGAAAAUGGAAGAUGAUAUUCUCAUAAUGGAAGAUCAGAAUAACAAACUAACCAAGGAAAGAAAACUCCUUGAGGAAAGAGUAAGUGAUCUAACAACAAAUCUUGCAGAAGAAGAAGAAAAAGCCAAAAAUCUUACGAAGCUGAAAAAUAAACAUGAAUCUAUGAUUUCAGAACUGGAAGUGAGACUAAAGAAAGAAGAGAAGAGCAGACAAGAACUGGAGAAAUUGAAAAGGAAAUUGGAAGGGGACUCGAGUGAUCUGCAUGAGCAAAUCGCAGACCUCCAGGCGCAGAUUGCUGAGCUGAAGAUGCAGCUGGCCAAGAAGGAGGAAGAGCUGCAAGCUGCUCUAGCCAGGCUUGAAGAUGAAACUAGUCAUAAAAACAACGCCCUCAAGAAGAUCCGUGAGUUGGAAGCUCAUAUCUCUGAUCUCCAGGAAGACUUGGAGUCUGAGAGAGCUGCAAGAAACAAAGCAGAAAAACAGAAGAGAGACCUUGGUGAAGAGCUGGAGGCUCUUAAGACAGAGCUUGAAGAUACUUUGGAUACCACAGCCACUCAGCAAGAGCUCAGGGCAAAGCGUGAACAGGAGGUCACAGUGCUGAAGAGAGCUCUGGAGGAGGAGACUCGAACUCAUGAAGCCCAGGUCCAGGAGAUGAGGCAAAAACACACUCAAGCUGUAGAAGAGCUAACAGAGCAGCUGGAACAAUUUAAACGGGCUAAAGCAAACUUGGAUAAGACCAAACAGACAUUGGAGAAAGACAAUGCUGAAUUGGCUCAUGAAAUCAGGAGCCUGAGUCAGGUCAAACAAGAGGUGGAGCACAAAAAGAAGAAGCUGGAAGUACAGCUGCAAGAAUUACAGUCCAAAUAUACUGAUGGAGAGCGUGUUCGGACAGAACUCAACGAAAAAGUUCAUAAAUUACAGAUUGAGGUUGAAAACGUUACUGGUUUGCUCAACGAAGCAGAAAGCAAGACAAUCAAAUUGACCAAAGAUGUUGCAACCUUAGGAUCCCAGCUACAAGACACACAGGAGCUGCUUCAGGAAGAAACACGGCAGAAGCUAAAUGUGUCUACCAAGCUUCGUCAGUUGGAGGAUGAGAAGAACAGCUUGCAGGAGCAGUUGGAUGAAGAAGUAGAAGCAAAACAAAAUCUGGAGAGACAUAUUUCAACACUGACAAUACAGCUGUCUGACUCUAAGAAGAAACUACAAGAAUUUGUAAUCACAGUAGAAACAUUGGAAGAAGGUAAAAAGAAAUUCCAGAAGGAAAUUGAGGGUCUCACACAACAGUAUGAGGAAAAGGCUGCUUCUUACGACAAACUGGAAAAAACAAAGAACAGACUCCAGCAGGAGCUGGAUGACCUGGUGGUGGACUUGGACAACCAGCGUCAGCUGGUCUCUAAUCUGGAGAAGAAGCAGAAGAAAUUUGAUCAGAUGCUAGCCGAAGAGAAAAACAUUUCUUCCAAAUACGCAGAUGAAAGGGACAGAGCAGAAGCUGAAGCUAGAGAAAAAGAAACAAAGGCUUUGUCAUUGGCUCGGGCCCUUGAAGAGGCUUUGGAAGCCAAAGAAGAACUGGAGAGAACGAACAAAAUGUUGAAAGCUGAAAUGGAAGAUCUUGUUAGCUCCAAAGAUGAUGUUGGCAAGAAUGUCCACGAAUUGGAGAAGUCUAAACGUGCCUUUGAACAGCAAGUAGAAGAGAUGAAGACGCAAUUAGAAGAGCUGGAAGAUGAACUACAGGCUACUGAAGAUGCUAAACUCAGGUUGGAGGUUAACAUGCAAGCCAUGAAAGUACAGUUUGAGAGAGACUUACAAGCCAGAGAUGAACAGAAUGAGGAGAAGAGACGACAACUUCUUAAACAGCUCCAUGAAUAUGAAACAGAACUGGAAGAUGAGAGGAAGCAACGUGCCCUGGCAGCUGCAGCCAAAAAGAAGUUGGAGAUUGAUGUUAAAGAUCUAGAAGGUCAAGCUGAUUCUGCUAAUAAAGCUCGGGAAGAAGCCAUUAAACAACUUCGCAAACUGCAAGCUCAGAUGAAGGAUUACCAACGGGAGCUGGAUGAUGCACGGGCUGCCAGAGAAGAAAUAUUUGCUACAGCAAGAGAAAAUGAAAAGAAAGCCAAGAACCUGGAAGCAGAACUCAUUCAGCUUCAAGAGGACCUGGCUGCUGCAGAGAGAGCUCGCAAACAAGCUGAUCUGGAGAAAGAAGAGAUGGCAGAGGAACUUGCAAGUGCUUCUUCUGGAAG